AUGAACACUCAUUCCAGCUACAAGGAAGACAUGGUCAGACGGGCGCAGGAGCAACUUGAGGUCGGCCUCGCCCAGAUUGCGACCGCGUCUCCCUUCCGCCAGAGGCUCCUGACGAAGGCCACCGCCCUCAAACUAUACUAUUUUGACCCGUUCCUAUCCACUACGGAUGUCGGCGGAGCUCCGGGAGCCUCCGCCGAGCGAAUCUGGACGACCCGCCAAAUCGCCCAUGCGCUGGGUCGAUCGCAGUCCAUGAUCGCCCGCUGCAUCAAGGCCCACGCCAACCUCGCUCCUGACAUUCCUGGAAUGACCUUAGAUGAGUUGGCUGACGUUCUGCGCGAGGAUCCCAUCCAGGGACAAGGCUACGUGUUCACCGUCCCCGAGGAGCAAGAGCUCGUCGAGUUUGUCAAGCGGUGCUGCUUAGGAGCUAUCUCUCUGAGCAAAACGGAAUUCACUCGAUAUGUGCUUGCAGCCUCGAAGGUGCCGAGGCCGGACGGCGUGGAAAGACGUCAAUUUGAGCACGACAAAGUUUCCGACAAGUGGGUCAAUGAUUUUGUCGCCCGUCACAGCUCACAGAUUGGCUGGCGCAGUAGCAGCGUGUUGGAAACACUUCGAGUGGCUGCUUUGAGUGAAAAGAAGCUCGGCAGUUUGUUCGCGCUACUGGCGGAGUACAGCAAUCUUUACCCGACUCUUUUCGCUACGCCGGCCAAUAUUUUCAACAUGGACGAGUCGGAUUGCUCUGUGGGUCGUAAAAAGAAGCGUGCCCUGGCUGCUGUUGGUGUCAAGCGUGUCAGUCGGCGAUCUGGCCGAACCAUUACGAUGGGACCGCAUGUUACUGGUCUGUUUACUGUUUGUGCUGAUGGCACCGCUCCUGUUGCGCCCCACUUCAUUGUCGCGCAUCCACGGCCCACUCUACCUCACAGGUGCACCGAGGGCCUGGACGAGGAGUUGAUUCACCAGUCCGAGUCCGGCUUCAUCAACGAGGAAAUCUUCGACAAGUGGUUUCGAGAUUUCGUCGAGGUCGUCAAGGAGCGAGCUACCACCACCCCCGUUCUAUUGGUGAUGGAUGGCAGCUCGUGUCACAAGUUCACUGUCGGGUUGAUUGACCUCGCGGUGAGCAACAACAUCCUGGUUGCGAUCCUUCCAUCGCACACGUCGACUCACUUGCAGCCGCUCGACGUCACCGUCUUUGCCUGGUACAAGAACUUGCUCGAGACUCACGUGCAGUCGAUUUUGGAUGAAGACUCGCCACUCAUCGACGUGAACAUCAAGCUUCACGGGGCCAUUCGGGCGUGGAACGAAAUUGACGACCGAUCCAACUUGAUCCGAUCUGGGUUUCGCCAAACUGGUAUCUAUCCGCUGGACACGGAAAAGCACAAGACCCUAGCGUUGCCUUCCGUCGCUGACGUUGCCGUGUCUACGACCCCCCUCGCUGCACAUUCCCGAGCCACCCCCGACCCCGGAUGCUCGAUUGCCGAUGCCGCCCUGGUAACCAUUGGUUGCACUCCGAGAGCUCUACAGCAAAAGAGGGUGCACGAUGCAGCGGUAGCUGAUUUGCGUCGAAAUCUCGAGGUCGAACUUUCGGUGCAAGAAGUCCUUCGGGCCCCACCCAGGCCCCUGCGGUCCAGGAGCAUUGGCAACAGCUCCAUGCGCGUUUCUAUGAACUCGACCGCUCGAUCCCCGCUUACGCCGGAGAAUAGGGAUGCCCAGCUUAAGCGGCAGGAGUUGCAAGAGAAGAGGAAGCAGCUCGAACCUCUGAAAGAAGAGUACAAUCGGCAACGGCCCAUCUUCCUCCGCACGCUAAAAGACCUUGACUCACGCAUCUUGACACUUGCGGAGACAAUUCUUGCUCUGGAGACUCAGCUGGCUGCUCUGGGAGAAGAGGUCGAGCAGGACAUCGAAUCGGCAACUGCCGCGGAGACCCGAAACAAGCUAGCUGCUGCUCGCCUGCAGCAUACCAAGCUCGUACGUGACCGCGCGACAUUUUUCAAGAACCGUCUCAAGCGACCCACUCUUCUAAGUCUUGAGCCAGCGGCGACCGCUUCCACACCUCUCGUUCCUCGGCGCGUCAGCAGGCCUAGGCCCAUUCUCGCUUCGCAAUCGAUGGCGAACGACACUGUCGACUUGGAUCAAUCAGCCAGCGAGGAGGAAAGCGAGUCUGACGACGAUGACGACGAGAAUCAAGCGUCGUCCGAAAUGGCUUCCGCUGCCAUCGGCCACAACGACAACCAGGAGGACCCCAGCGAUGUCCAGCGUCAACCUCAAGCCGCCCGCAAGCGUCGCCAGGAAGAUGACGAUGAAAACGUCGCGCCCGUCUUCACCACGGUCACAUCAGACUCGAGCGAUGUUGUUCAAGUCGAUUAUCAGCUGAGCUCCACCGAACUCCAAGAAAUCCGACGCUAUCGCAUGCCAACGCGUAGUACUACGAAGCAAGAUGGACAUAAUGUCAAAUUGGCGCGUGUAGACCUCCAACCUGCGUCGUCAAGGCCGGCGCUCAGCGACCUGACAAACCUUUCUCGAAGCAACACGCUACCACUGUAA